AUUCUCUCUCUUCUGGCUCUUAUUUGUGAAGAAAUUGUGGAGGAUUGUGUCAAGUGUGGUGGACUUUACUUCUUUGAAUUCACAAGCUGCAGUGCCUUUCUUUUGAGCCUCCUGAUCCUGUGUGUGUAUUGUACUGAUGUAUAUGAAACACUUGGGGAAGAUAAAAUAAAGAUAGUGAAAUUUUGGACCGUGGCAGUCAUAGGAGUCUUUUUUCUGUUAGCAUCAAUAGUGCUUGCUGUGACCAGCUCUGGGUCUGUUGCUGAAACAGCUGCAUGUGUGUUUGGAUUUCUUGCAAGUGUUGCAUUCUUAGCUGAAGUUACUAUAGAGUUUUUUCACAGCCAGAAACAAAACGUCAACGGACACUCUGAAAAUCCUGGCAACACUCAGAGCGUCACAGAAAAUCAGCCACUGAAUAAACAAAGCUAA